GUAUCAACAUCUUCCUUCACAGAUGCUUUAAAUCGUUGCUCUUAUGUAGUGUCGUGUUAAUUGUGUCACAAAUAAACAAUAAAUAAUUCGGCCAUAUUAUUUAUUAUGGAGCCGAAUCAUAGAAGUUUGCAAAAAUCGAGGCAUUCUCUCGAUAGUGCUUUAGUGUCUAAAAAUGGUUCUGGAUUGUGGCGCCCUUCAUCAAUUGCAAACAUAGCCAGUGACUACCUUAGAAGACCAGACCCAGUACUUCAAUCCGUGCCUGUAAACAAAAUAAGCAAUGGGACUGUCGCAAACAAUGUUCAAAGCAACAGUAAUAGCAGCAAUAAUGGCAGCAUCAGUCCACAACCGAGCAAUAAUGUAAACAAUGAACAGAGACGUCCAGGAACUCCUACUCCUGCGUUACUUACACCUCCUCAAACACCCACUGAUGAAAAGGUAACAAAA